CACACUAAUAAAUUACAUUUUAAAAUAUAUUAAAAUAGAAAACAGUUAUUUUAAAGUACUAUUUAACAAGCUUAGCCAACUGGUUUUACUGUAUUUUUGAUCAAAUAAAUGCAGACUUGGUAAACAUAAGACAAGUCUUUAAAAGACAUACACAAGUACUGUCAGCUGUGUUAUAAUUAUUUACACUAGUCAUACUGUAUGGGCUACUUGUAUAGGCUUUAGUGCAGACUGACAGAUGAAGUCACUACCAUUGUUUGUCUUUAUCAUUCCAUGGAAAUGAAAUACAGCAUACAGGUGUAAAACAAUACAGAAUUAUAAAACAAACAAAUUAUAUCAAAUUCUUAUUUGAGCUGCAGUAAGGACCCAAGUGCAUGGGGGUGCUGUUUGGGUGGUGUACAGCAGUGCACUCUGCUUAUCCUGCCACAAAACAUUCUUAACACAGCCAUGACAGAGACUACUGAGGAGUACAGGCCAUUCGCAGCACAGCUGCCCAAUGUUUACCUCACCAUCCUGGCCCUCUUCUGCUUCAAACUUUUCAUUAGAAUUACCCUUAAUCUACUCACGCACUUCUACAUCAUCAAAGGCAACCACAAGGAGGCUGCCCGGAUUUCAGCUGAGUUCUAUGAUAAUGGUCAAGGGCAUGGGUCUUGGGCCGACCGCUCUGCUCUUCAUGAUGCUGCCAGCCAAGGACGACUGCUGGCUCUCAGGACCCUCAUUGCACAGGGCCACAGCGUGAAUGUGCUGACAAUAGACCACGUUAGCCCUCUUCAUGAGGCGUGCAUAGGGAGCCAUGUUGCCUGUGCCAGAGCCCUGAUAGAUGCUGGAGCCAACGUUAAUGUGACAACUGUAGAUGGAGUGACUCCAUUGUUUAAUUCCUGCUCAGCCGGCAGUUUAGAAUGUCUAGAGCUGCUUUUGCAGAGUGACGCCAGACCAGAGGCCCUGGCUAUAUGCCAGCCUUCACCCAUCCAUGAGGCAGUCAUCAGGGGCCACAGCAAGUGUGUGGAGGCUCUGAUUGCAUGGGGUGUGGAUGUGGACUAUGAAAUCCCUCACAUGAGCACUCCUCUCUACAGUGCUUGUCGAAGUCAGGAGUUCCUAUGUGCCCGCAAGCUGCUUGAUGGAGGUGCAAAUGUGCAGAGAGGCACAAAUUUGGAGAGUCCUCUUCAUGCAGCAGCCCAGAAAGACUGUAUAAGCAUAGUGAAGCUCCUUCUGGAAUUUGGGGCAGAUGUAAAUGCACGCAGCCUGGAGUAUAAGCGGCCCGUGGAGGCUGCUCCUCCAGGGAGCGUUACAGAGGGAUUCCUGUUGAUUUAUGAAGCGACACCCCGUUCUCUGUGUCAACUGUGCCGUCAACAAAUCAGGGAGAGUUUGGGACGUUCCCGAUUGCACCUUCUACCACACUUGCCCCUCCCUAAAGCCAUGAAGAACUUUCUACAAUAUAGAUAAUGUCCUUAUGUUUGCUUAGUUUUACUGUUUUGACUUAUAGCCUAAAUAAUAAAAGCUGUUUUACUUUUUUCCAUUUAA